AUGGGAACCCAAGAUAACAGUGAUAAUAUCGAAUCUCAGGACAUAGCACCUGGAAGGAUGACUAGUUCAGACUUAGCUGAUUAUUUACAGAAUUUUUUAUCAAAAAAUCCUCAGAUACUGCGCAAAGUGUUAGUUAUACACCAACAAUCAAUUGCAGAGAUAAAUGAUCAUGAUUACUCCCUUGAUCCGGAAAUAGAAGAGAUAAUAAAACAAAUCACACAAUCUCAAAAUAUAUUAUACGAUGUUGGAUUUAUGGAAUUGAAAGAACUGCUAAUUUCAAUUUGUGUUAAUUGGAGACCCAUACCACGAUCACCCAUUGAAAUUAUGCUUUUGGAAAGGCACUAUGACGGAACGGUACUAAAAUACCAUGAGAUCAUAUCAAAUAUCCUAUCCUAUCUAGAUACAAAAUCAAUUAUAACAUUUUCUCUAUGUUCUCAGGCAACGCUUUAUGCGACAACAACACACAUUAAUAAAAUCCUUUACAAUUUACCAUUUAAUAAAGCUCCAAUAUCUACAAACAUAAAAUUUUGGAAACAAGCAAUUGAUUUUUUCUUUAAUCAUGCUGUUACAUUGGUUUCAAUUGACAGGAAUAAACAUAGUUCUGUUAUAAAACAAUUGAACAUCAACAAAUCAUUAUUUCCUAUAACGCCUGAGGCCACAAAGUCACAUAUUUAUACAACGUUUGAUUAUUUACAACCUCAUUAUAUCGUAUAUUGUAACCAUAAUAUUCCAAUGUCACACACAUCUUCUGUAUCAAAUUCACUCGACUGUAAUAAUAAGGCUAGCACGCAGCUCAUUAAACUCUCAGAUUUUGUUCUAGAGUAUAAGCAACGCAUACAAAUAAAGGAUGAUUCAUUAGUUUGGGGGUUCCAUUCCGAACAAAUCACUGUUGACUAUGUUUGUCUUCUUCUAAAGACGGUGAGCAGAAAAUCGGUGUUAAUAAUCUAUUCAGCUCUUUAGUGCGAUCACUUUAUCUCUUGCAGAACAUAAUGGCAAAAUAGAAUAUAGAAAAACUGAAUAUAUUUCUAAUGCAAAGCAUCAUAUUACCCAUAGAAUAUGGUUGCAGGUAUCAUUAAUGUGGGAUUAUACACUCGAAGAUGAAGCCCAAAAUACAUUGUACUUGACAAUCGCAGACCAUUAUAGCUGGAAUGGUUAAUUUUCACUAUUCAUUACAGAGGUCCCAUCUUCCCCUAUAAAAAUUGUAUACGGAUC